AUGACUAUUUUUAGGUCAUAUUUUGAUUGCUUUUUACCAGAACUCAAGGAGUUUAAUUACUAAUUAUGGGUGAAAAUUAUCGUAAUUUAUAAACUAGUUUUACCUAUAAUGUUUUUAAUUUUGUACCUGUUGUAUAGAGAGAACUAUAAUGAAACAAAUCAUCGAAUUAUUAUUUCAAAUAUAAUACUCUUAAUAAUUGGAGUUGAAAAUGGAAUUGGUGUUUUUAGUUGGGUGAUUUCAGAAACUUUUUCCCUUUAUACCAUUUUAUUUCUCAUACUAUAAUGCAUUAUUUAGUUAGAAAAUGCAUAGUAAAAUAUUAUUGAUAAAGAAGCCACUUUUGAUAUAAAUCUUUAAAUUUUGUUCAGACAUUUUAAUGAAAUGAUGUAUAAAUCGUUUGUUUGGUUAAACUUUGCCACUAUGAUCCCUGCUAUUUUUAUGCUAAUACUUAUAACUAUUUGCACAUGUUAACUAAAACUAUUUUUUUAAUUAAUCAAAAGAAAUACACCUGAUCAAUAAACUGAUGUUUUUUAUGAGUAUUCUGGCGAAGAGGGUGCUGAAUGUUCAAUUUGUAUGGAAGAAUUAAAGUAAAUGGAAAAAUAUGUGGAGCUACCAUGUAAUCACACCUUUCAUUCUUAAUGCUUUAGUAAAUGGAAGAAUUACAAAUAAUUAUGUCCUGUGUGUAGAAGAACAGUUAAAAUUAAUGAUUUAGGGGGAAUCAACAAAUAAUUACAGCUAUCUAAAAUUUAAGAUAUUGAAAUUUGA